UCAACAUCAGAGCCGACCGUUGGUGACGCGACACAGUCCCUGGGAAUAAUGACUCUAGGAGCCAAAAGACCUCGCCUCAACCUGAGGCAGGGUCUCGAUCGCGAUGUAUACAUGGUCAUGAAGAAGCUCGAGGAUGCGAAUGACGGCAAGCCCUUCAAGACCACAACAGCCGUCUACGAAGCUAUCAAGAGGUCAAAUUCCAGCCUCAGCCGACAGAAGAAACGCCCUCUUGAAGAUUCAAUCGACCGUGUACUUCAAUUCCGCAAGGAAGAGCUCGGCGAUUCAAGCGACUCUGAAGCUGAACUCGAAGAACCACCCAAGCCCGACGACGACCGUUUCCUUCUUAAUAGACAAAUGACGAAGCACUGGCAUCAAAAUACGACAACUGCUACAGAGGUAGAAACGGCAACUCCACCCACGAGCGAAGCGCCCCGUGCGAUCAAGAAGAGACGAGUACAGCAAGAUGGAGAAGAGCGGGUGAAGGAUGGUGUGGUCACGCCCAAGGGCGCUUUGACGGACACAGAUGCUGCGCCCACGGAAAAGCAAGACAAAGCACCUCUGAAGAAAACACAAAAGACGAGCCGCUACAAGGUCGAGCAUCCUUCCGGUCCGAUCGAGCUUGGGGGUGUGAAAGAAGUGCAGGAAGAUAUUAUCGAACAAAUACACUGGCUUCUCAAAUGGCCAGAACUAUACGCUGCCAACGGCUGGAGAGGGCUCCCUGGGCUUCUCCUCUCGGGCCCGCCUGGCAUUGGCAAGAAGUCAUUGAUUCGAUCAACAGCCGCGAAGCUUGACGUGCCAAUUGUGUACCUUACCGGGUGCUUUGAGGACCUAGAGCGUAUGGAGAGAAGCCUUAACGAUGCGAUCGAGGAAGCCAUGCGAGUCGCCCCGUGCAUCAUCCUCAUCGAGAACCUCGAUUGGCAUAUGCCUAAGCCUGGAGGCAGUGGCCAUAGCGAAGGCCAUCGCCGCAACGUUAUACAGUUCAUGCGACAGAUGCAGCGCAUCGCAGCUGAGCAAGACAAGGACAGACACAUUUUAGCCAUGGCUACAACAGCAAGAAUCACAGAUGUCGACCCCGCAGUCCUCAAAACUGGACUUUUCGAACGUACGCUCCAGAUGCGGAUACCAGAUCUCGGGGCUCGUCAGGAUAUCCUCAAGCUCGUUACCAGAGACAUGAAUCUAGCAGAGGAUGUCGACUUUGCAGAGCUUGCCAAGAUUACUCACGGAUUCGUCGGCGCUGACAUUAUCAACGUCGCGACACUCGCCCAGCGACAACCGCAGAGACGAAUGAGGCUCGUCGACCAAUACCGUUACCAUUUACUCGACAUUUCACAAAUUCAAUCAACCCAGCCGCAACCAGAUCUCAUGGAACUCGCCGACCAACAGCCGUCUGCCCCUUAUCCUGAACCUCCUAGUGUACCCCUGGCCCAGGAAGAUUUCAAAAAGGCUAUCAAAGACUAUACCCCUUCCCUACGAAAGGAGGGCUUCACCGUCAUCCCCAACGUCUCCUGGGAGCAAGUCGGUGCUCUGCAAGCAGCCCGCGACCAGCUCAACAUGUCAAUUAUCGGACCCAUCAAAGACCCCGAGCUCUACCGUCGUGCUGGCCUCGGCCGCCCAGCGGGUUGCCUUCUCUGGGGCCCUCCUGGCUGCGGUAAAACCCUCGUCGCCCAAGCUGUCGCCAACGAAGCCCAGGCCAGCUUCAUCCUUAUCAACGGACCCGAACUGCUCAAUAAGUACGUCGGUGAAUCAGAGCGCGCAGUACGUGAGUUAUUCAACCGCGCACGCUCAUCAACGCCCUGCAUCCUCUUCUUCGACGAAAUGGAUUCCCUUGUCCCAAAGCGUGAUAACGCUUCCACAGAGGCAGGCACUCGUGUUGUCAACGCACUCCUCACUGAGCUCGAUGGCGUCCAAGACCGCACAGGCGUAUAUGUUAUCGGUACAACUAAUCGACCGGAUAUGAUCGACCCGGCUAUGCUUCGACCCGGCCGUCUCAAUGUGCGCCUCUUCAUCGACCUCCCUACCCCUGACGAAAGGGUCGAUAUCCUCCGAGCCAUCUAUCGGACAAAUCACCCCGACGCAGCAGCUGAGGAAUUCGAGCGCCUCGAGUCUAUUGCUCGAGACCCCCGCUGUACCGACUUUAGUGGUGCUGAUCUAGGCGGGCUGCAUGUGAAGGCUGCCGAAAGUGCCCUUCGGCGAUGCCUUCAGGGGGCUAAAACUGCAGCCGAGAUCGACGGGGUGGACUGGGAGCAUGCCCUCUCAACUACCUAUAGAAGUGUGCAGAAUCCUGAGACUUACCGAAAGCUCGAAGUUAAGUUAGGGAAAUCCUAGAUAAUUUUAUGAUGAUACUAGAG